UGUGCGCCCAGCGUGUGCGGGCGGGGCGCCCGUCGGCCGGGUCGGGAAGCGGGGCUACUUGGAAGAGUCUUUCGAAGGAAAGGACACCUCGGCCCCUGGAGGCGUUCAGCGAGUUGAGAGCCUGGGCUCCCACCCGAAGUGGGAGGCAACUCAGGGUCCUGAAGUCUUUGCCCUCCCCACCCUCCGGCUGCUACCAUGAGGUUAAAUCAGAACGUCUCGCUCCUGGGGAAGAAGGUGGUGCUGGUCCCCUACACCGCAGAGCAUGUGCCCAGGUACCACGAGUGGAUGAAAUCAGAGGAGCUGCAGCGUUUGACAGCCUCCGAGCCGCUGACCCUGGAGCAGGAGUAUGCGAUGCAGCGCAGCUGGCGGGAAGAUGCGGACAAGUGCACCUUCAUUGUGCUGGAUGCAGCGAAGUGGCAGGCCCAGCCCGGCUCCGCCGAAGAGAGCUGCAUGGCGGGAGAUGUGAACCUCUUCCUCACAGAUCUGGGGGACCCCACCUUGGGGGAGAUUGAGGUCAUGAUUGCAGAGCCCAGCUGCAGGGGCAAGGGCUUCGGCACCGAGGCCGCGCUCAUGAUGAUGUCCUAUGGAGUGACCAAGCUAGGUCUGACCAAGUUUGAGGCUAAAAUUGGGCAAGGAAAUGAACCGAGCAUCCGGAUGUUCCAGAAACUUCACUUUGAGCAGGUGGCUGUGAGCAGCGUCUUCCAGGAGGUGACACUCAGGCUGACGAUGAGUGAGCCGGAGCGGCAGUGGCUUCUGGAGCAGACCAGCCACGUGGAAGAGAAGCCCUAUAGAGAUGGGUCCUAGGAGCCCGGCCGGGAGCCCUGCACCAGGAAGUGAACGGACUGGGCCGACCCUCUCCAGGCUGGGCAUCUCCUCUCAGGGCCCUUCAGACUCGGGGCAGGACUUGCCUUGGCCUCCGCCCCCAGACUGGCAGUGGGGCUGAGCGACUCCAGGGAGCCCCUCCUCCCGGCCAAACCUGGACUUAGACUCUGAGAACCUGGGGUGGACGGCAUGAAUCCACGGGCAGAGGCAGAGCUGGAGAUAACGGGGGGUUGGGGAGGAGCCUGGUGAACAGGCCGGACUUCCCUUUUCCUGGAAGGCCAGCGGUGCCACUCUGGGGCCGUGGCCCUGACCCGAGUAAAGUGCACUGCACGGCCAGCUUUCCGUGCCUCACUGCC